AUUCACCAUUGUUUCUGGCUAAAAGAGAAAUCAUGGCUUCCAAACAAUUCCAUGUCAUGAUGUUCCCAUGGAUGGCAUUUGGCCAUAUGAUCCCAUUUCUUGAGUUAUCCAAACACUUGGCAGCAAAGGGUAUUCGGAUUUCCUUCAUUUCCACCCAAACAAACCUUCAGAGGUUGCCUUCCAUACCUUCACUUUUAGUAGACAACAUAAAGUUUGUGGAGCUCUCACUGCCCUCAGUUGAUGGCCUCCCAGAAAAUUGUGAGGCCACCGUUGACUUGCAAGGAGAGCAGAUUCCGUAUCUAAAGAAGGCGUGUGAUGGGUUAAAGGCACCAAUUGAAAACUUAAUCCAUAAAGAUCCCCCACACUUAAUUCUAUUUGAUAUCAUCCAGUGCUGGAUCCCUGAAACUGCUGCUAAAUUUGGAGUGCCUUGUGCCCUUUUCAGCGCAUAUUCUUCAAGUACAUUAACCUUCGCAGGGCCACCUUCUGAGCUGAAGUCCCCCAACCAACGAACCAAGCCUGAGGAUUUCACGGUGCCACCAAUAUGGGUUCCUUUCCCUUCUCUUGUCUCCUUCAGGCCUGAUCAGGCGGCAGAAUAUUUCCAACACUUUUACUGUCCCGACAUAACAGGCAUGUCAACCGGCCAACGCGUCGCUACAACUCUUGAGGGCUGCAACUUUGUUUCAAUAAGAAGCUGUCGGGAGUUUGAAGGAGAAUAUCUAAGUCUCCUUGAAGAACUCUUACGAAAGCCAGUUUUACCUGUCGGAUUACUCCCUCCAAGUCCGAGGUUUGGAAACAACAUUAAUCAUAUUGAUACCAACUGGUCUACUACUUUCAACUGGCUGGUAAAACAAACACCCAAGUCUGUGGUUUUUGUAGGGUUUGGCACCGAGUACAAAAUGCCCGUUGAACAAGUCCAUGAAUUGGCCUAUGGGCUUGAACUCUCCAAGCUUCCUUUUAUAUGGAUUCUCAGAAAUCCCCAGGGGCUAAGCACCUCAGAACUUUUGCCUAGUGGGUUUUUUGAUCGAAUCUCUGACCGAGGCAUGGUUUCGCUUGGUUGGGCGCCACAGGUAGAAAUUAUGGCUCACCCUGCAAUUGGAGGGUGUCUCUUCCACGCUGGGUGGGGUUCGAUUAUCGAGUCGCUUGGUUUUGGACACCCACAAAUUCUGAUGCCCAUGGUGGCUGACCAGAAUCUGAAUGCUAGGCUAUUAGUGGAGAAGGGUAUUGGUCUUGAGGUUCAGAGGAACCCAGAUGGCUCAUUCGAUCGAGACGCCAUUGCCAAGUCCACGAGGUUGGUGAUAGUAGACAGAGAGGGAGAGGCACUAAGACUGAAGGCAGCUCAAAUGCAAGGAGUUUUUGCCAACCAGGAGCUUCAUGAGAACUACAUAAACCAUCUCAUUGAGUUUAUGGGCUCUUACAAAAAAAAAUGAUCAUCAAACACCUAUGGAAGAUGCUAAUUAAGAAGUUCUAGCCUAUCGAUCGAUGAUUACCGGUACCCUUUACUGUUGUGAAUGUGUUUAAUGUUCAAUAAAGUUUUUGGAUUGCAGCCAUCUAGUGUUUUAUAUUCUAAUUACUUUUAAUAAGCUAGCGGAUGUAUAUUAU